GCUAAGAAAAUUAUCAAAUUAUUCAAAGCUGGCUUGUCCGUGGAAAAGUAAAAUUUCCGUGGUAAGCAUUUUCCGAGAACGAAACUACUCCAUUUUCCGAAAAUCAAAAACGAAAGUUUAUAUAAAUAGCUAAUGAUUAAUCGUUCCAGUCCACACUCAGUUUGGAUUUGCAGUUGAAAUAUCAGCGGAUUAUCACUUGUCUUCUAAAAUGACUUCAGUGCCUUUGCCGAGCGAUGUAUUAACUGCGCUCCAAGAAAGUUUUCAGUCCAAGCCAGACAGUCUUGCCCGGAUUAUUUUUUUCCUUGCUGAUCAUUCAGCCAACGGUUUUGCCGAGCCAUAUAUCCAGUCCCUUAAAGCUGUUGUCAAUAUGCCGAGCGUUUUCACAAAAGUCGCUGAAAGAAUGGAACAGGAUACUAAAACGGCGGAAAAGGAUCCUCAUUAUAAGCAGAUGAUGUAUGAUAUUUGGCAAAAUUUUAUGAAAGAUGAUCUGAGCGAAAAUCCAGACCAUGGUCAAAAAUGGGAUUUAGCCGUGCCAGGAGACAGCGUGUCCUGUGUGGUGCAGUAUAACUUUAUGCGAGCAGUAAGUAGCAUGCCUCCUGAAUCAUAUCUUGCCUUAUCGAAUGCGCUGCAGGCGAUUGGCAACGCAAGUAGUGUUGUCAGGUUUGUCGAUAAGGCUUUAACUAAGGCAAGAGUAGCGAAGCCAUUGGUACGUGUUGGUUUGGUGGCUGCGUACCUUGCUUAUGACGUCAUUGUCAACAUACGGCGAUGGUGGAAGGGUGAGAUUUCCGGAACAAGAUGCGUAAAGAAUAUUAUCGACAAUGGCGUCAGCGUAGCUGCUGGCAUUGCUGGUGGGAUAGGCGGCGAAGUCAUAGGUGCUGCUGUUGGUAGUUUUCUUGGUCCAAUUGGAACGGUGGUUGGGGCUAUUGGCGGAGCGAUAAUAGGAGGGUACGGUUCUUCGUACGCUGCUCACGCGCUUUCUGAUCGGCUUACGCAGUGGGUAUUUGGACUACCCAAAAGUGAAGCACUUGAGAGAGGAUACAACUUUCUUGGCCUCCCACCAAACGCGUCCAAUAGCGAUAUCAAUUCUCGCUACCGACAGCUUGCGCUUCAGUAUCAUCCAGACAAAGGCGGCAAUCCUAAUAAAUGGACUCAGCUCCAGUACUCUUUGGCAGUCAUCAGAGAGGCCAGGGGUGAACAUUAGUUGAAGUGAAUUUAUAUAACGAUCAGUGCGGUUAUGAAUCUACUUGUAUUUUAGUUAAUUAAAACUUUUUAUAAUAGUGUAAAAGCACAAAAAUGUCAUAAGAUUAAAUAUUAUUUGUUUAUAUAUAAACAUUGUUAUUGAAUUACAUGUGUAAAUUCUGUCGGGCGGUUGGACACCAUUUGUUUGUGUAAUGUUGUUAUAACAGAUAUUCGCGUACAUAUUUUCAAACCGCAGCUCAACACCAGACUGCUCUUUCCCGCUUUAUAUCGGGCAGGGUUGCCCAAUAAAUAUGUUUGACGACAUCACGGACUCUAGAUGAGAAUAUACGCUCCGUGACGACAUGCAGGAUGUUAUGGAGCUACGCUGUUCUCAUAACGCAAAAGGAAUAUAUUUCGAAUGACGCUCCACAUAUACAAUAUGAAAUAUAUAUUGUUCAAAUUAAUAAAUAAUCAAAAAUAUUUUUUUAACACUUUAAGAUGUUCAGUCUAUUAACUAAUAGCCUUAUUUUUGCUAAUAAACGAAUACAUGUACUUGUCGUAAGAUGUACAUUAAAAAUGUUAAGUGAUCAUUGAUUUGAAGUCAUCUGUAAAAUAUUAUAACGUUUUAUUUUGUAUUUAAUUGUGCGCGUCAAAACCUAUGUUUGUUUCAAUUCAGCUGGUUACCCGAUUGCUGUCGAUUAAUUGAGCUGACAAAAUUGGGCUUAAUGCACGUGCAUAAAGUGUCAUCCCAAAUUGGCCUGUGCAGUCCGCACAAUCUAAUCAAGGGCGACACUUUCCGCCUAAACUGGAUUUUCGGUAAGGAGGGACUUCCUUGAAACUAAAAAUACCAUAAAAGCGGAAAGUGUCGUCCCUGAUUAGCCUGUGCGGACUGCACAGGCUAAUCUGGGAUGACACUUUAUGCACAUGGAUUUAGCCCAGUUUUCUCAGAACAAGGCACAAUUUCGCAGUCUUCGUAGCUCUCUGUGUUUGCGCGUCGGUAAAUGGUUACGCGAAAAGUCCCGACCUCAGUGCGUCCCUACUACCGUAAAUAAUGAUAACAAAAAAUCAAGCUGUGGUAGAUCGUUCAUCUUACGAUCGCGAUAUGUUCGAUAUACCGGUACCAUCAAGCUAAAAUAAACAUGCUCGUAGUAAACAUUAAUCAUACAUUGACAAGCAUGAACAUAAGAGCGUCUAUUAAGUGUCAAUUUACCGAAAAUGGAUAAGUGCGUUAUGUAGUAAUGGUUGCGUUAUUUUCUAAGUGCACUUAAAUGUUGCCUACAGUUAACGAUACAUAGCACGUAUGCUUUACUUCGUUUUCAAACCUUGUGUAUUUGUUUGUUGUUAGUGUUCGAUCUUAAACAAUACCAGAAACAUCGUUAAGUAGUCUAAUAUUUUUGUGGAUUUAUUAGUUAUAAGUUACUGUUCGUCCAAUGUUUCUUUAUAAACAAGCAAAUUCGUUGAAUUGAUAUCCCCCGCCAAUAUGCUUCUCGACACAAAAGUGUUAUAUUUGACACUCAAAAAAGCAUUUUUUCAAGAUACAAAGGGCCAUAACUCCGUAAUUAACAGAUGGUGUACAAUGCCAUUUGGCGUGUAUCAUCCUCUUAUCCAUAUAUAUACUCAUACCAAGUUUCAAUGAAAUCGGCCAAAGCACUUCCAAGAAAUGGCUCCGGACACACAAAAAAGCAUUUUUUUUCAAGAUACAAAGGGCCAUAACUCUGUUAUUAACAGAUGGGGUACAAUGCCAUUUGGCGUGCAUCAUCCUCUUAUCCAUAUAUAUACUCAUACCAAGUUUCAAUGAAAUCCGCCAAAGCACUUCCAAGACGGCUCCGGACGGACGGAAAGACGGACGGAAGGACGGACGGACAACGCCAAAACAAUAUCCCUCCGCCUAUGGCGGUGGAUAAUAAAAACGAAUCUGUGUUUGUGUUUUUGUGUGGAUCUGAUUACAAAAGAAUCACUAACACAAUUAGUUAACUUAAACUCAGUUCAAACAUGGCAGCGGAUAAGGUGGUAUGACUUUGAAUUUAUUACGUCAUUGCAUUUUUAAAAAUGGAUGAUGGCACAUGCGUGUCGUCUAAGACUCGUUUUAUGUGUUUUGUUUUAGGGAAUAACGUUAUUAUGUUACAUUAUUAUCUUUGUACUUUGCUUGAUUUUUGUGUUUUUUUAACAAUUAUGGAGUUGCUUCUUAUAUUGCUUACAAUUAAUAUACAUAACCAAGUUUGUGAAUUGGCCUUUUACAAACAUUAUUACGGCUUCUUUCUGAUAUUGUAUGAGAAUUGUAUGAAUUUAUGGUUUGAAUGGUAUUUCAACUGUAUGAUUCUUUGUUUCUUAAGCUUUAACACAAGUAUGCAUUUAAUACUUGUUUAAGUUCAAUCCAUCGUUCCUAAAGAGUAAACAUUAUGUUGCUCCAGUUUGGGUGUUGAAAUGGUAAUUUAAAUUGAAAUAUUUCUAAUAAUUUUGAUGUUCAAUUUGAAAAUUGAUGCUAUCGCGGUAUUUUACAGAAACAAUAAAGUGUCUUGAGAAGAACGCCACGUGUAAGGUUUGGAGCUAUCUAUUUGAAACCGGUUGAAACCCAAAAUACUUAAGACUGACCGUGCGAUGACAUGGACCUCAGUUUUAUCUAUUUAUGUAUGUUGCGUAUUUGUGUGUAUUAUUACUUGUAUUGUGUCUAACUGUUUUCCACUUAAAUUAUUUACACGAAUAAAAGGUCACAGUUUCUUA